AUGAGUUAGAAUAAGUAAAAGAGAAAAGUUGAUUCAAGUAGUGAAGGUGAAGAGAGUGAAGAUGAUUCUACAGAAUAAAAUUAAGAUAAUGAAUCCACAUAAUAAGGAGGAGAAAAUGAAGAUGAAGUAUUUGAUAUUGAUUUUAAAAAUUUACCCUCACACGCAUGCGAAUAUUGUGGUGUCCAUAAUAAGAAUAGUGUUAUAAAGUGUCUAAAUAAAGAUUGCAACAAAUGGUUUUGCAAUGGUAAACAAUAAGGUUAGGGAGCAUCUCAUAUUAUUAUGCAUUUAGUUAAAUCUAAACACAAAGAAAUUUAGGUACACCCUGAGAACUAAAACUCAGAUACUACUAUUGAAUGUUACAUUUGUGAGAAUAAAAAUAUAUACUUAUUAGGUUUAGUUCACUUAAAAAAUUAAGAAGAUCAAGGUUUGAUUAUUUGUAGACAACCUUGCUUGAAUCUAAAAAAGUAUAAUGAGAUGUAAUGGGAAAUUGAAAAAUGGAAUCCUUUAAUUGAUGAAAAGAUGAUUGUUUCUUGGUUAGCUUCACCACCAAGCGCCAAGCAAAUGGAAAAAGGGUUUAAAGUUUCUUAGAAGCAAAUUUACGAGUACGAGGAGUAAAUUAAAACUAACCCCAAUUUUAAAUUAGCAUAAGGUGCUGCUUAAAGUUAAGUCAAGAAACUAAAACCAGUGUUAUUGCGUUAUAAAACUGGUAAAUAGUAUUUCUAAACAUUCUACAACUUAAUUGAAGCUGAGGCUAACUAUGACAAAGCUUUAAAGGAAAAUCUUCAUUACAACAGCAUUACUGUUAAGUGGGAUAUUUCUUUAAAGAGUAGAAAAGUGGCUCAAUUUGUAUUGCCUUAGGGAGAAGAUAAUGAAUUCAACCUUUUGAGUGGUUCUGAAUUAAAGAUCACCUACAAAAAGAAUAAGAAAGAUGAAGAAUGGUCUGCCAAGGGUACUAUAACUAAAGUCGGAAAUAAUGAUGAAGUCUUUGUUGAACUAAGUCAUAAUGUAAAAGAUACCCCACCAUCAGGAAAGGGAUACACAAUAGAAUUUGUAUGGAAACAUACUGCUGUUAAGCGUAUUAAAAAAGGUAUUAAGAAAUUCUGGUAAGAUGAAAAAUGCAUUAGCUCGUUCUUAUACUUUUAAAUUCUUGGUCAUUAGAACGAAGAACAGUAAACACCUACUUUGGAUAUACAACUUCCUAAGCAUUAUUCUUUACCCAAAAUGCCUGAGCUCAACUAUUAUUAAGUUGAAGCAGUUAAAAAGGCUCUUCAAUAACCUCUUUGCUUGAUUUAAGGUCCUCCAGGUACUGGUAAAACUUUUACAAGUACAGCAAUCAUUUACCAUCUAGUAAAGAACAUUUAAAAGAGCGGAUAGAGAGGCCAGGUUUUAGUCUGUGCUCCUUCUAACAUCGUUGUAGAUUAACUAGCAGAAAGAAUACACUAGGCUGGUAUCAAGGUAGUUAGAAUGUGCUCUCGUUCUAGAGAAAUGAUUUCAUCAUCAGUAGAAUUCUUAACUUUGCACAAUCAAGUAAGAAGUUUAGAUUUCGAUGAAUACAAAGAAAUGUAAAAGUUACUCGAGCUUAAAGAAGAUUAAGGUGAGUUAGACCAUGAUGAUGAAGACAAAUAUUAUAGUUUAAAAAGAUAAGGUGAAAAGGAAAUUUUGAGAAAUGCGGAAGUUAUUUGUUCGACUUGUAUAUCAUCAGCAGACCCAAGAUUGAAGGAUAUUAGAUUCAAGCAUGUUCUAAUUGAUGAAGCUACAUAAGCUAUUGAACCAGAAUGUUUGUUACCUAUGUUGAAAGGAGCUAAGCAUGUCAUUUUAGUAGGAGAUCAUAGAUAAUUGGGUCCUGUUGUUACUUGCAGAGAUACUGCAAAGGCUGGUUUGAAUAAAAGUCUUUUUGAAAGAAUGGUUAGUAUGGGUAUUAGACCAAUUAGAUUGUAAGUUUAGUACAGAAUGCAUCCUGAUCUCUCUAUUUUCCCUUCAAAUACUUUCUAUGAAGGAACUUUGUAAAAUGGUGUAACUUUCAACGAUAGACAAUUCCAUGGUGAAUUCCCGUGGCCUAAUAAAAAUAAACCUUUGAUGUUUUUAAAUUCCUGUGGUGUUGAAGAAAUAUCUUCAAGUGGUACCAGUUACUUAAAUAGAUAAGAAACUGCCUUAAUUGAAGAUAUUGUAUUCAGAUUAAUAAAAGCUAAGGUAAAACCUGAAUAAAUAGGUAUCAUCACUCCUUAUAAAGGUUAAAGAUUCUAUAUUGGCGAUUACUUAAGUAAGAACGGACGUUUGAACCAUGUCUUAUAUAGAUAAAUAGAAAUUGCCUCUGUUGAUGGAUUUUAAGGAAGAGAAAAAGAUUAUAUAAUUAUUUCUUGUGUAAGAAGCAAUGAGUGCUAAGGUAUUGGUUUUUUAACAGACCCACGUCGUCUUAACGUAGCUAUUACAAGAGCUAGAUACGGACUUAUUAUUGUCGGUAAUGCUAAGGUACUUGCAAGAGAUAAUCUUUGGAACAAUCUUCUCAAUCAUAUGAAAGAAAACAAGGUUUUGGUUGAUGGAACACUAAAUGAUCUAAGACAAUGCACAUUAAAGUUCAGAUAACCUCAAAAAUAUGUACCUGAAAGAUCAGAAUUUUAAGAUAACAAUAAUGACAAUGAUGAUGCCAGGUCAACAGUUAGUUACAAAAUAGAUAACAUAAACAACUUUGAUCUUGAGUUGCCUAUUGGAUUUGGAUUUAGAAACAGUGAGUUUGGAUUUAACAAAAUGCCCUAAACAGAAUAGUUCAGAAAGAUUCAAAAAGAUUAAACUCUCAAUAUGGUAAAGAAUUAUGGAACUUAGCUUUACAAUAACUAGAAUAAUUAAGAGAUUUUCUUCUUUGGUUAGGACAGAGAAUAAAACUAUUAUGAUAUUCCAAGCUAACAAAAAAAUAAUGUUCAGCCUAAUUAGUUUAGAAACAAUGGAGGCUUUACUAAUUUGAAUCCAAAUUCUAAUAAUUAGAAUGAUUUCAAUGGAAGAAAUAGAGAUGACUACAAUAAUUAAGAUGAAUAAGCUGAAGAUCAAGAAGAUGAUAACUAUACAAAUGGUGGUGAUGAAAUUUACACAGAAAAGCAAAACGAUUACAACAAUCCAAUAAUCUAGAAGUCAUAACCAAAAGAUAACUCCUAGAACAGCAAAUCAACUUCUUUUGGAGGUAUCGGUACAUUCAGUAUAGGUGCUUAGAAAUAUAGUUAGUUUGAUUUAGAUUUACCUGAUGAAUUUAAAUGA